AUGAAUGAGAUCGACAUAAACUAUCCUUUUGAUCCACUCCUUGUAGAACGUCUGGCAACGGAGCUGCAGUUACGCAUCGGCACGUUGCCCCGGGUUGAGGUCUACUAUCUCCAUCUGGAAGCUUAUGCUGGUGAUGUCCUACAAUGCUUGCGAGUUCAGCCGCGCUCUCUCUCCGAGAUCUCACGCACUGUUCGCGCUGCAAAGACAAUGAAGCUGACGGUGCGGGGAAUGGGACACGCAUCAGGAAAAGAAAAAGUCAUCUACGCCGACCGCUUCACUGUGAUUGUGGAUUGUUGCCAACUCGCAGACGAACCGAGGAUGGAGUUGGUAAACGUCCAUCGAGAUGGAGACGACAAGGACACACCGGGGUUGAAAGUACUCGCCGGUGUAACUAUAAACGAGCUCAUGGACUAUAUGAUCGACCAUAAGGUGGAGCUCUACCAGUCACCGGAUAUGAUUCCAGGCAUUGGGACAAUUGUGGGGAACAUUGUGACUGCCAGCCCUGGAGUCUACGCUCCGGUUUCAGGGGCUCUGGGAGGCUGUCUUGCUGACGAGGUGAUCGCUAUGCGGGUGGUUGACUCCUAUGGAAAUUUGGUGCAGUACUCGGACCCACACAAGUUAGAACAGUGCUGUGCCAAUAUGGGUACGCUUGGCGUGGUCUACGACGUCGUUCUGCGGUUCAGGGAAAUGACAUCCUCCUUGGUAGAAUAUGACUUUCAAACCUGGUGCAAAAUCAUUACUCAUGAGUCCCUUAAAUACUCCUUCCGGCAUAAUGAUCUUACGGAGCUUAUCUACGUGCCAUACAAUCACUUGCAACCGGAAGAGAGCCUUCGGAAGGACUGGAUGCCCUUUCAAGAUGAAGUGAUCGUUCGCUGGACCAAACGUCUACCCACAAUCUACUCGGAGGACCUAGACAGCGCACCUCGCCAUCGUUUCCACAUUAUCGAUCCAUUCACAGGUCCCGACCAACGUGAGAUUGUUUCCUACCCAGAACGAACUCCUCAUCUCUUGGGUCGGGCAUACCGUGUGUUGAAGUCGAAGCUGCGACAUGUCAGUCUGGAAUCUCAAUUCACGCCUUGGGCUAUGACCUGUCUCGCUCCACCACCUUCGCCUCUCCGGAUGAUUCGAUUUGCUAUCGAAACAAGCUGCUCCAUGGAUCCAUUCUUUAAGUUCAUAAAAACAUUACUGGAGGCCCUGAUGUAUAUGAUACGAAAUGAGGAGGGUGAGGAGGCUUGUCACGGGCUAAAUCUCUUCAUGCGCGUCAAUUUCACUGGAGGCAAUCGAAGCGCGAAGGUGAUGGGCACAGGCUCAUUAAACCCCACCGAGGCACCGGGUCGUCGGCUUAUCGUACACAUCACCUUUGCGCAUCUGAUGCGUUCCUGUAGCUCGGAGGAUUGGUGCGAUCUCGUCAGUCGUCUAACUAAUUUUACAUUCACCUUCAUCCCGCAAUCAACGCUGCACUGGAAAUCGGAGUGGUAUACACUUCAGAAGCUGAUCCAACAUAUUCAUGAGAAGACGGCUCCACGUACGGGUCCUCUGCGUUUCCAAAUGUGCCGCGCUGAUCGAGAAGCGUCGCCAGUCUUUCCUGGGGUUUUACCAACGCAUCACCCGGAGGCUAUGCCGCUGGGCGAAAGCAUAGAGGCAGAGCAUUAA